GCGGCUGUCACGGGGCGAGCGGGCCGCACCGGGUUCCUGCGGGGCCCCGCAGCUUCCCUUCGGCCUGGCCGCGGCCGCCCGACGGCAUCCGCGCUCUACCACCAUGCUCAGGCGGAUUCUGCAGCGGACUCCAGGUAGAGGUGGGUCUCAGAGUUCGGAUUCAGAUUCAUCUGCCACACCUGGAAAUGCCGUGGACGUGAACAACGAAGGCUCCUCAGAGGGCUUCAUCUGUCCGUUGUGUAUGAAAGUGUGUGUAACUCCUACUGAUCUGUCUGAACAUUACCAGAGUGAGCACACUGGGACAGAAGGAAGACAGGAGCUUCGUGACCUCCCAGCCAUUACUGGCUUUAUUUGUCCUCUCUGUAUGAAGUCUCAUGGAUCAGCGGAGGAGCUGUUCAAGCACUAUGAAGCAGUUCAUAAUUCUGGCAUUGAUUCAACUCAUGGAGGGGAAGGUCAUCUGUCACCGGAAAGAGAUGAAGUAUCACUGCUCCGACAAGAAGUCCAAGACUUGCAAGCUUCACUGAAGGAGGAGAGGUGGUAUUCAGAAGAGCUGAAGAAAGAACUAGAGAAAUUGCAGGGGCAGCGGCAGCAAGAAUCUAAAUCUGAUGGAUUGACAACAGCUACGUCUACAGAAUCAUUAGAACGGCAACUAGAAGAGAUCCAAGUAGAAAAUUUUAACAUUAAGCAAAUGAAAGACUUAUUUGAGCAAAAAGCAGCACAACUGGCCACUGAAAUUGUGGAUCUUAAAUCAAAGUAUGAUGAAGAAAUCAGCCUUCGGGAGGGUGCAGAACAGAAAGUGACAAACCUGAGACAAGAACUGCAGAAAGAGAAAAGUACAGUAGAAGACUUAAAGACAGAACUGCUACAAAGGCCUGGUGUGGAAGAUGUGGCUGUCCUGAAAAAGGAGCUGGUCCAAGUUCAAACGCUGAUGGAUAAAAUGACCCUGGAACGUGAAAGAGAAUCUGAAAAGCUGAAAGAUGAGUGCAAGCACUUGCAGGCUGAGCAGGCUAACUCUGAGGCUACCAUUAACCAGUUAAGAGCUGAACUUGCCAAAGGACCUCAGGAGGUAGCUGUGUAUGUUCAGGAGCUGCAAAAACUUCAAAGUUCAGUCAAAGAGCUAGAACAGAAGAAUCAGAGUCUGACUGAGAAGCUGCGGAAGAAAGAACAGGACUACACCCAGCUGGAAGAAAAACACAAUGAAGUAUCUGCGAGUAAGAAGAAUGUGCAGGCAAGUUUUCACCAGAAGGACCUGGACUGCCAACAGCUUCAGGCAAAGCUGUCUGCAUCUGAGGCCUCAGUACAGAGAUUGCAGACAGAGCUAGGUGAGAAGGCAGAAGCAAGCCAGAAACUUAAAGAAGAGCUGUCUGAAGUAGAGACAAAGUACCAGCAUCUCAAGGCAGAAUGUAAACAGCUCCAGCAGCAGAGGGAGGAAAAAGAGCAGCAUGGCCUGCAACUCCAAAGUGAGCUCAGUCAGUUGCAUAGUAAACUCCUAGAAACAGAGCGCCAGCUAGGGGAAGCGCAUGGGCGGCUCAAGGAACAGAGGCAGCUGUCCAGUGAGAAACUGAUGGACAAAGAGCAGCAGGUGGCUGACCUACAGUUAAAACUUUCUCGUGCUGAAGAGCAGCUAAAGGAAAAAGCAGCAAAUUCCACAGAAUUGCAACAUCAAUUAGAAAAGGCAAAGCAGCAGCACCAGGAGCAGCAGACACUUCAGCAGAAUACAACAGCAAAACUACGAGAAGCCCAGAAUGAUCUGGAGCAAGUACUACGACAAAUUGGAGAUAAGGAUCAAAAAAUACAAAAUCUUGAGGCUUUGCUUCAAAAAAGUAAGGACAAUAUCUCUCUGCUAGAAAAGGAAAGAGAGGACUUGUAUGCAAAGAUUCAAGCUGGUGAAGGAGAAACUGCAGUUCUUAACCAGCUACAAGAGAAAAACCAUGCAUUACAAAUACAGGUAACUCAGCUGACAGAAAAGCUGAAAAAUCAAUCAGAAAGUCAUAAACAAGCCCAAGAGAAUUUGCAUGAACAAGUGCAGGAACAAAAGGCACACCUAAGAGCUGCUCAAGAUCGUGUGCUUUCCCUAGAAACAAACAUCACUGAACUAACCAGUCAGUUGAAUGAAAGUAAAGAGAAAGUGUCACAACUUGAUGUGCAGGUAAAAGCAAAGACUGAAUUGCUACUUUCGGCAGAAGCAUCAAAAGCUGCUCAGAGAGCAGAUCUACAGAACCAUCUGGACACUGCCCAGAAUGCACUGCAAGAUAAACAACAGGAGUUAAAUAAGGUCAGCGCUCAGUUGGAUCAGGUUACAGCUAAGCUGAAUGACAAGCAGGAAUACUGUGCUCAGCUGGAAGCCAAUCUUAAAGAGUACAAAGAAAAAUGCCUUUCUUUAGAACAGAAGACUGAAGAACUAGAGGCACAGCUUAAGAAACUUGAAGGUGACAUUCUUGAUGCUAGAGCAAGUAAAGACCAAGCUCUUCAGGAGUUACAGCAACAGCGACAUCAGAACAAAGAGUUAGACCUCCGCACAGCAGAACUGAGUAAACAACUUGAAGCAGCAAGAGAAGCGAUGUCUAAUGCUCAACUGGAUUUGCAGAAGAAAUCUGAGGCCCUUGACCAAGCAAACCAACAAAUUACAAAGCAGGAGGCAGAAAAGGCCAGUCUCAAACAAAACCUUGAGAAAUCAAAUCAAGAUACAAGUAAACAGCUCAAGGAACUUGAUUGUAAAAUGCAAGCAGCCACAUCAGAGCUGCAACAAGUGAAGUUAGAAAAGGACACUCUAUUAAAGGACCUUUCAGAUACCAAAGAUAAGCUCUCAAAAAGCUCUGAAUCCUUCAAAAAAAGAAAGGAGGAAUUAGAAAAAGAAAUUAAAAAAGGAAAAGCAGCUAUGGCAGAAAUGGAAAAAUCUUGCCAAGAAUUAAAACACCAACUUCAGAUACAAACAGAGUCUGUAGCUAAAGAGAGGAAUGAAUUGAAAAACUCACUGGAGAAAAAGGAGGGGAUUUCUAAGCAGUUGUCUAUAGACCUUGAUUCAGCAAGAGCACAAGUACUGGAAAUCCAGGGUUUUCUGAAGGAAAAAGAAAAAAGUGAGCAACAUCUCCAGGGAAAGCUGAGAGAGUUAAAGGAAUCUUUUGAGCAGAAGAAAAAACACAGUGAAACACUGCAAGCUGAAUUAAAAACUGCCCUUUUAGAAAAGGCAGAGCUGGAGAAUAAACUACAACAGCAGUCUAUUUUGUCAGCACAGGAGCUUAAAGCAGAGAAAGGCAAGCUAGCAGACUUACAGAAAGCCCAUGAUAAACAUAAAGAAAACAUGGAGAAGCUGCAGCUGGAUCUUUAUGGGAAAGAGUCUGAGCUGCUGGCAACCAGGCAAGACCUUAAGUCCACAGAAGAAAAACUUGCUCUAGCUCAAGAAGAAUUAGUUUCCAGCAGGAAUCAAAUUGCUAGCAGUAAUCAACAGAUUCAGGAACUGAAGAAAGCUAAGUCUACACUGGAGCAGGAUGCAUCAAAGAAAGAGCAGCAGCUGGGUGAGAAGACCAAAAUGCUACAAGAUCUUCAGAAUGACAGGAUUUUGAAAGAAAAAGAUUUGGCUAACGAAAAAUGUAAAACGGCAGAGCUCCAGGAAAUAAGGACUAGACUUGAAAAAGAAAGUGCCAAGCUGGGUGAAGAGCUUAGAGCCUGCAAGCAAGAGUUUGAGAAGGAGGUGGCAAAUCUCAAGGAUGGAAACCAGCUAUUGAUUCAACAGAAAUUAGAACUGCAGGGCAAAAUAGAUAAUGCGAAUUCAACUCUGGAACAGGAGAAACAAAAACAUCAAGCUGUCAAAGAUCAGCUGAAAAAGAGAGAAGAGGAGCUGAAGAAAGAAUGUGCUGAAAUUGAAGCCAAACUGCACACAGAGAAAAAAGACAAAGAAGAAGAAAAACGGAAACAUGAGGAAAAAGAGACCAAGCUCACCAUGCAAGUCACAGCACUGAAUGAAAACCUGGCUACCAUGAAGAAAGAGUGGCAAAGCAGUCAAAGACGAGUGAGUGAGCUGGAGAAACAGACAGAUGAUUUACGUGGGGACAAUGCUGUCUUGGAAGCAACAGUCCAGAAUAAUCAGGAUGAGAGAAGAGCAUUGCUGGAGAGGUGUAUAAAAAGUGAGGGAGAAAUUGAAAAGCUUCAGGCCAAACUUGUAGAAAUGAAGAAAAAGCUGGACAAUACAACUGCUGCAAUGCAAGAACUCGGCCGAGAAAACCAGUCAUUGCAGAUCAAACACACACAAGCUCUCAACAGGAAGUGGGCAGAAGACAAUGAGGUACAGAAUUGUAUGGCCUGUGGAAAAGGCUUUUCAGUGACAGUAAGAAGGCAUCACUGUAGACAGUGUGGCAAUAUCUUCUGUGCUGAGUGCUCAGCAAAGAAUGCCUUAACUCCUUCUUCCAAGAAGCCUGUCCGAGUGUGUGAUACUUGCUUUAAUGACUUGCAAGGAUAACUGGCUAUCGUGAGUGAUAAAGAAAAGUUACACUAAAAUGUACUAUUUCUGUUGAUGCACUUCAUUCAGCACUCAGACUACUAUUCAGUUUGGACAAUGAUUGUAACACUUGGCAAAAUCUAGUCUAUUUUAAAAUGUUUAUUGAUACCAAGCAAAACUAUUGUAUUUUUUUGUGAGAAAUGGGCUCAGAUCAUUCAUAGCUUACUGACAUUAAUAAUGGAAAGAGCUUUUAUGUCUAGAUUAGGAAUAUCCAGUUAUUUGUAAAUAAAGUUUAAACAGAGGAGUAACAAUGUAUUUUUUUAUCUUUUAUUUUUUUGUUCAAGAGAAACAGCAUUUAUGUGAUAUUGAAGUUUAUUAUUGUUUCCUUCAAAGAAAAAGGAAGAUGCAAAAAUUUGUGAGGAUUUUAUGUAUCAAAUGUUGCUGUAAAAACAUAACUAAUUGUUGCAUUUGAUUGUGUAUCUGAUGGUCUUUAUAACCCCCUGUGAUUUUGGUUUUUUUCCUAUCUCUCUGGUUCUUGCAUUUUUCUGUCUAAAGUUUGAACUGCACAAUGAGGGUAAUGGCUGGACUCAACUUCAACUCAGUUUUAUUUGCCCACUUGUAGUAUCAGCACCCAAGUCCUUAUCUAAUACAGCACUUGGGUGCUGGAACAUCUUUACACAUGCUAUAUUGCAUAGUUGGUGUGUGAGUGCAUCUGUCUCUGUGAGAGAGUAUGUGUGAGCAAAUGUUGAGACAAAGUUUAUCUGGCAUUGUAGCAAUAUUAUACAUUACAAUAUUUCAUCCCAUAGUAAUUGAUUUCACUUUUACAAAUUUGGUUGAGACAUUUUAAUAUUCAAGAAACCCUUACAUCAUGUGGGUUUUAAAAAGUAAACAAACAAUGCUGGUACAAGCCUAUAGCACAUUUCUGCCCCUGCCUGUACCCUGGAAGCACUGAGAGAUCACUGCUGUUCUAAGGGACAUCCAGACCUUCCAUGACAGGUAUCCAACUAAGAAAAAGUUAUUUUCUGAGACAGCUGUUGUUUUUCUGGCCUUUUCUUCUGUCCCUUCCCUCAGCUUUUGGUGGAAGAAGCUGAACUCCUGUAACACCUAACAAACCUCACUUUUCCAUUCUCCAUCUGACCCCCAUUACCAAGGGAUCUGAAGUGUUAUGUUAGUUAUGUGAUUUAGUCUGCUUAGAAUGGAAACUGGCUUUGUUAUAAGCCAAACAGCUCUAACUAAGAGGCCAAUAUAUAUGACUAUAAAUUCUUAUUCAUAUUUUCUGUACUGGGAACAGAAGUUUCUUGUACAGUUCAUGUAGACUCCAUACUUUUUUUUUGUUGUGAUUUUAUUUGUACCUCUUCAUUUUUGCUUACCUGUCUCUAACUUUACCCAUAAGAUUAUUCCUUCUAAGCAGGGGUUAUGCCUUCCAAUAUUUAGGAAUUUUUUGUCUUAAACACCCUAAUAAAUUUUCCACCCCUCAAAUGCUUCAGUAUCUUACCAAGUUUUGCCAGCUGUUCAGAGAAAAAGGUUGUGUCCUGCAUUCCUCUACUUCUUUUCUGAGGCAAGGAAUCAAAUUCUGUCACAAUGAUAGUAGCUUAGUCAUCAUUAGGAAGAUUUGUUAGCUUUUAUCUAGUAACAGCUUUAGAUGUGAAUGAAGAAGUGUCUUCUUUAUAUGUCUUGAUUAACUGUCAAGUGAAGAAACUUCAUCCUUCUACUCCAGAAGUAGUGAUCUAUGUGUUUCAUAUUCCCUUUUAACUUACCUAGCAAGUUCUACAUUUGCACUGUCAAGAAGUUUUCUUAAAAUUCAGUUCUUAUUUUCCAAAAGCCAGCUGGAUGAUAUAACUUGUUCUUGUCGCUGUAAAAGAGUUUGGGUUACAACUGUGGUUCAUACAAAACACUGACCUGCUUUUCUUGAACUUGAACUUGAGAGUUGCUUGCUCAAAAAAAAAAAACCUGCUGCAACAAUUCCAUAUGAACAGAGCCUCUGGACUCCCUGUUUCUCCUCAUCAGUGUAACUGUUUGGCAUAAGAAUCUUUUGAAUAGAAAAUAUGAACAGAAUCUCUGCCUCUGGAAAUUUUUUUUCUAGUUACUUGUUUACUGAGAGAAACACAAAAAAAUUCUUUAGAGUCUUUCUUUGUCUGACUUUAGAAAUGUGGGAAAAGUAGAGACGUGACAGUUGUGCUCCAGCCUGGAUGCAUUCUGCCCUUUUGUGUAACUCACAAGAGCCUUGUGCUGUUCUUGGGGUGAAGGACAACCACACAGAACAGGAGGGAUUUUGAGCAGGAAGGGAGAACCUUCCCACAGCUGCCUAAGAUCAAAACACAUGAGGCAGAGGAAGAUGGAGAUCUUUCAGGGGAACUAGGAAAGUGGUUAGAAUAUUCGUUUGUAUUUAGGUGUUUUGCUUUUGAUCGGGAACAUGUAAAAGCUCAAGAGAGACUUCUGCAGUGAUAGAAGCUCUGGAAGGAAGCUCUGGAAGCUCUUUUGGGAUGCCAUUUUGUAAAGACAAGCAGAGUCACCUUUCUCAGCAGGCUGCUGAAACAGUGCAGUUGGUUGACUGAAGAUCACACCUUGGUGUGGAGCUCUUCAGCUUCAGGGGCAAAACCAGUUUGAUUUUUGAAAGUUGCUUUUUGCUGCCCAGUUUAUAUAAGCAGCUUUUUGAGGGGAUGGAAAUGCUUUUUGGAUGCACAUUUGUAGAAAGAAGGAUUGUUAAAAUCUGGAGGAACAGUGGGUAGAAACUUUCAUGUUUGAGCUUUGAUUCUGCAGCAUUAGAUCAUGAUUUCUACAGCUUUUCACUGUGAAAAGUGAAUUUAUGACUCCAUUGCUGAGUCUUAUGCUCCUUCUUUUGUACUUGUAACUCUUAGUGCUGGUCUGUAUUUGUUGACAAAUUGAUGGUAGACUGACUCUAUAAUACUUGGCUUCACUACCAGGUUGGAAGCUGUGUUCAAGCUCAAGAAAAUAUCCCAUAAUAAGGGAAACUGGAAGGUGAAAAGCUGUGUAUUUACAAAUAUGCUUGCAGAGUCUGACUGUUUUGAUGGGCAUGUUUCAGUCGAAAUGUGGGCUUUUUGUUCCACAGCCUUAAAAUCUAAGUAACUGGAAAACCAAGUAAAAAGCCUGGUGACUUUUACCACAGUAAAAUAAAGGAUUCCAGGCAAAACAGUUUAAUUCACUGAUUUUUCAGACUGCAGACACAGGAACAGAGGGGAAAACUAAUAAAAUGGCAGAAGAGACUGAGUCUUGGAACUGGAGGAUGCAUAGUUAUGUGUUUUUACAGCUUCUAGCAAUAGGCAGUGGAGUGGCCAUUGUAGAGGAAGAGGUGAAAAUGAUGGCAAAACCAGCACUCAAACCAGCAGGUUUGUGGGAUCCUCAAGCAGCCUUUGAUUACUAGUCAUUACUAUGGCAUCAGGAAUGGGACAGUGAAGUGUGGGCUUUGUUCUUGAAACUGUCCCAUCUGCUGGAUACUCCAUUGACAUUCAGAAUUGCUGCAAGAGCAGAUUGUGAGAGACCAGCUGCUUUAUGGGCAGAGAAAAGCUACAGAAGCUUUUGUAAAUGGGUAAAGGAUGGUCUAACUAAGGGUGGGGAGAGGUUCUUUUAACUUCCUGUAAACAACACCUCUCUUCCCAGUCAAAGACCCACAGUCCCUUGCAUUUUUGCCCCACAAAUACCAAAUCCUGCUGUUCCACUCUGGCCUCAUGUCAGCAGUACAUCAUACUGGAGACAGGUAGCAUUGCAGAGGUCAGUGGCAAGCUUUUGAUUUUAGCUGGCUCUGCUUCACUGUUAUUUAUUUCUUCUCUCCAUGUACUCUCUAAUGUAAUCUUCCCCGUUCUGCAAAGGUUGAAUGAAGAGGAUAAAAGUAAUGAGUCACAGUAGGAAAAGUUGCUGUCUGGAGAUGAAGAGACAAAAGGAAUUUUCUGCUGCGGCUUCCAACAGAGGCAAGAGGUUUAGAGGGAUCUCAUUUUUCAGCUGGCUUCACUUUCUGGCACAAGAGUCCAAGACUGUAGGGUGAAAUGUGGGUUUUUGCCUCUGUGUUUGGAAGGUGUCAAGUAAACCAAGUUGCCAUGGAGUGUGGAGCACAAGGUACACAGGAACAUUGAGAACAUUUGUUGGCUUUGGGACCAUUAGGGUUGUUUGUGAAUCCUCACUGGAAACGCUUUCUUAUUGGUGAAGCAAGAAGGGAUUUGGGAGCAGAAGCAUGAAGUAACCUCUCUGUGUUUGUAUUACAUGAGCCAGAACAAUUGAGCUUCUCAUGCUAGAUAUAAGAGAAGUGACAUUCAUAAAGGAGCCUGGAAAACUCAACUGCUUUUCUGGAUUGUUAAGUAUCAGUUCACCAUGGAGUGGAAACAAAUGCUUGUUGCAAAACUUAAAAAAAUUUAUGGCCAGUACUCAGUGACAGACAGAAGAGUGCUGGAGCUGAAGUGCAAAUAGAAUCUAAACUAUGCCAAGAAGAAUGAUAUCAUGGUUUGAGCAUGUAGAAACUGAUAAAUUACUCUUCCAGGUACCACCUCUCCUGCUCUCAUAUUCUCAGAGAACUAGGAAAUAACAGUCAUUUGCACUGUGCACUUUUUGCUAAGAGAAUCUAUAGUAAGUGGAAUGACAUCAUGUGCAUUGCAUGUGUUAGCUGUAGUCAUUGGACAGCAGGUUUAUAAUCAGAUGGAUUUUUCGCUGUAUAAAUUUGGCCUGAAGGAGAACUGCACUCACAGUUCCUUUCACCAAAACCACAAUCGUCAUCUGAGAGCACAUAUAACAAAAACCUUGUUGGUCACACACGUGUCUUUGUAGAACUUAAUUUUAAGAUUAUAAAGUGAGAAAAAAAAAGAAUUUUAUGUAUUUGCAAGGAUCUUGCCAGUUGUCCAGUUCUAUGGUUUUGAAGUCUUGACCUCAGCAUCUAUUUUAGAAUGAGUUUAAAACUAUUGUCCAAAUGUAGUCUCUCCAAAAGGACUAUUUGAUGUACUUUUAAAAACCAGGUAAAAUUGAGUGUAAGUCCUGCCAUGGAAAUUUGGUUUUUAUGGUACUUUUUCUAUUUCUUUUGAAAUGGACACUGAAUAAAAAAGUUUGCAUGUUUAGAGAGAGUAUUAGAUACCACUUAAGUUCCCAAUAAAUGAAGAGUGUAGGUACUAGGUAAUGUAAUAAACUCUGCCUAUUGUCUGUAGCUCUCCACAUACUACGCAUUCACUAUGCAGUGGAUAGAGAAGUGUCUGUGCAUUUAAAGACUGAUGAAGCCCUGCUACCCCUUUGGAUCAAUGUUGUAUGAAAGCAGGAACCUGGAAGCAGGAACCACAUUUUUCCAAUUUUCCCUCCCCCUGUGACUGAAACGUAACACUAAAACCAAAUUCGUCUGUAUUUUGUGCUUUUUUUUUUUUUUUUUUUGGGUAAGGAGGGCUGGGAAAGGGUGUUCAUUGUUAUAUGUCAACAGGUCAGUGCUGGCAGGUCCAGGCUACUGCUGUUGGCUUUAUGGCAAAGUCCUCCAUUGUAUCAUGCUGGAGCUUGAUUCCUGACACAAAAGGGAUGUUUGAAAGAACGUCUCGCUGGGUUAGCAAAUACCAGAACUUUUUAUAGUAAUAUGUCCAAAAUGCUGCUUGUAUAGAAAUAGUCACUUUUGUAAGAAAAGAAAAAAAGUCACAAAAAAAGUCACAUCCCCUACCCCUCCCAUUUGAUGCCAUUACAUAAGAUUUAAUUUAAGCUACCUCUCAGUGUGAAAUUCAAACAUUAGGUAAGUUUAAUAAGGUUUUUUCACAGUCAUGUUAAGUAAAAGUUAUAGUGAAUGCCAAAAUUGCAAAAGUUUAUUACCAAAAAAGAAAAGAGUUGGUUUUUUUUUAAUGUGUAUUUGAAAUAAUCCAACAGUUUCAAGUGAAUUCUCUUAAAUUUUUUUUAACUUCCGUAGUUUCAACCUUGCAAACUCUAGCUGCUAGACAGGAAAUAAAUUAUAACCACAAGCUUUCAUAAUUGAGGUCUGCUGGGUAAAACCAAUUUUGUAUGGAGCUUUGUUGUUUGGUUACAGAUAGCCUCAGUCACCAAAUGUACCAUUCACUUGGUCGUGUUUUUUUUCUUCAGUACUCGAGAUGUGAACUUGAUGAAUGGUGUUCUGUAAUGGAUGCGUGCCACAAAUUACAUGGUCUCAUUUGCCUCUUUUCUGACUUUUAAUGAUCAGUUUAUUACUGCAGUUGUGAAUAUUGUUCAUACAGCUUAAUUUCUGUAUAAUUGUAUAAAAUAUAAAUGGGAAAAAUAUAAGUUUUUACUUGGUAUUUCGAAGUAAUGUAUUAUAAAAUACUUAUGUUGCAGUUUUACUUACAGAGUACUGUACUUCUGAACUGGAUUGUACCAUCUUGGUAGGUGUAGAUUUUUUGCAUGAGUCUGUUUUGGUUUUAUUUCUUUUUAAUUGAAGUUUUAUUCUCUUAAGUUCUACUUUCAGUGUUUGUGUUGACUACUUGUGAUCAUGUAGUUGUGCCUUACAUUGUGAAAGAAUUUAGUCCAGUGUGCACUGUAAUUCUUAAACUCUGUGAUCUGGAAGGUGGCUGUGGAUUUGAAUGGGAAGGUGACACCAUACAUCAACGGGUUCUGUAUAAACUAUGAUGAAUUGUUGCUGAAAUGUCAUUUUUGUUUUCUAAUAUGUUAAAGGAAUGACUAUUAAUAAUAAUAAAAAAAUUAGACCUUUCUAAUAGA